AUGAGCAACGUUAAUCCAUCUGAGACUAUGUACAAUGAUCAUCAUUUACAUUUAAAUGAUGAUAAAAAAGGUAUGAAAGUAACCUCUGGGGUUGUAAAAAUUAAUAAGGACACGAAAACCAGUCGUAUAGGUUUAUCAAUAGCUGGAGGACCACCUCACUGCCCUUGUAUAUAUAUUACACAGGUUUGGGAUGAUUCACCAGCUGCAUUAGAUGGCACAUUAGAAAGUGGCGAUGAGCUUCUAGCUAUUAAUAAUGAACGCGUAAGUGGACGUCAUCAUUUGCAAGUAUCAAAAAUGAUAGAAUCUAGUAGUAAUCCAGUAGUUUUGAAAUAUAACAAAUUACAUGCUGAUGUCCAACAAGGAAAAACUUUGGAUAUUGUAUUAAAAAAAUUUAAACAGAGGCUAGUUGAAAAUAUUUCUAGCACUGUUGCUGAUUGUUUGUGUUUGUCUCGUGCAGUUAUUGAGGAUGACGAUCUUGUUAAACGUUUACAACAUCUAGAGAACUUGGAAGAAACAUAUCGUUCCUUGGUUGAUCACUUGGAACAUGUACUUGAAGCGUUUUAUGAUCUGACCCAAUGUUAUAAAGAAUUUGGGGAGACUUUUGCAGAUAUAGCUGUCCGAGAACCACAACCUAGAGCAAGUGAAUCUUUAAUGCGUUUUUCUGCAUAUCACAGACGAAUGGAGCGCCAAGGUCUUACGCUAAUCGAAGUUAUUAAACCAAUAUGUAGGUCAUUUGGCACAUACCUGAAUAAAGUUAUUCCAGACACCAAGCAAACAAUACGAAAAUAUGCCGAUGUGAAAUUUGAAUUUUUAUCUUACUGUUUAAAAAUCAAGGAGUUGGAUACAGAACAAAUAAAUACUUCAUCGACAUAUGAUCCUGUGUAUCUUAUUGAAACCGGAAAUUAUGAAUACAGGCUUCUAUUGAGAUGCCGACAGAUAGCAAGAAAACGAUUUUUAGCUCUAAGAGAAGAUGUUUUUACCAAAAUCGAACUGCUUGAAAGCAAACACGUCCAUGAUGUUGUAGAUCAAUUUCAAAUAAUUGCUUCACAAAUCACUAGUUACAACCAUGAAAUAAGUUGGAUGAUAAAUGGAGGGGAUAGCUGUGAUAACGAACCACCGAUAUUUCCUAUUGAGAUGGAUUUGAAAUGUACCGCAUUUGAAUAUAAUUCAGACCAGCCCUAUCUUAAUGAUGUAAAAAAUGUUUUUGUUUUUUAA